CCUGUGCUUUGUCUUGACAGCUGUCGAUGGUAAGCGAGGUUUUGCAUUAUAAAGCCAUUCAACUUUGCGGACACAAAUUAACGAUAUAUAGGCUAUGCUUCAUUUGGACUACCUGGAGAAUAAUUUUGGGCAUUUGUAGUCAUGUAYUGCAACAGCUGAACGCUCGCMAACGAGAGUCUAUACCAUUUCYUAUCUUUACAGACGAAAGCGAACUCAAACUCUUUUCCUUUGUGAAGAAACCCAACAAUCCAACAUGGAAACUGACUGGAUUAACUACAAGUGUAAGUCAGGCCAGACUCUGUUYAUCUACAACAAAGUGACAGGAGAACACAAGUGGCCUACUGGCGAUGGAUCCCUAGAUGGAACUAUCAUGGAAGGUCAACCGAUAGUAUUAAAACAGACCUGUAGUACUGGUACACAGACAGAUGAUAAUGGCUGUAAUAAUGGCUGUACUUCCAUGUACAUUAAUCCUACUAACACUAACCCAAGUCCAUCAAAUCUUAACAAACCUGAUGCCAUGAGYGAUGUUAGUGAUAACGAAGAACAGAGCUCAAAUGUGAAUAACAUAUCUGCCACAGCUGAUGUUUCAAGUGAAGACAGUGAAGUCCCUGACAGAGAUUGCAUCCAGGGAUAUCAGACAGGUCAAGGCUCAGAGUYUACAAUACUAGAGCUUGUAAAGCAUAUUAAGGUGGAAGAACCUGUAAAGAAGCCCACUGAAAAGAGGAAAUUUCAGUGUUCAUUUUGUGAAAAAAGGUUUGCGCAUAAAACCCCCUUUAGGGCUCAUCUUAAAAUUCAUUCUGGAAAGAAGCCAUUUAAAUGUCCACAAUGCCAUAAAGCAUUUGUCCAUAAGACUACUAUGAUUGAACACGUUCGAGUGCACACUGGAGAGAAACCAUAHCAAUGCCCUUAUUGUAAGAAGAAAUUUCCACGAAAAAGUCCAUUGAAUGCUCAUAUCAAAACGCAUACUGGAGAGAAGCCCUUUCAGUGUCUUCAUUGUGAGAAGAAAUUUGCACUAAGGAGCCAAUUGACGAGGCAUCUUAAACUACUUGCUGGAGAGAGGCCAUUCCAGUGUCAUCAGUGUGAAAAGAAAUUUGCCUCGAAAACCAAUUUGAAUAAUCAUAUUAARUUGCAUUCUGGGCCACUAGAGAAGCCAUUCCAGUGCUCUCAAUGUCAAAAGAAAUUCGCACUAAAGGGCCAUUUGAGCAAACAUCUUAAAGUGCACACAGGGGAAAAGCCAUUCCARUGYCCUCAAUGUGAAAAGAAGUUUGGCGAAAAACGUACUUUAAAGGAUCAUCUUAGAACGCACACGGGAGAGAAACCAUUUGAGUGCGCUCAAUGUCAGAAGAAAUUUUCCCUGAAGAGCCAUUUGAAAAGGCAUCUUGUAUUGCAUACAGGAGAAAAGCCAUUUCAGUGCCCCCAAUGCGARAUGAAAUUUGCAUUUAGAAGCAAUGUAACAAGUCAUCUUAAGACGCACACUGGAGAGAAACCAUUUCAAUGUCAUCAAUGCGAGAAAAAAUUUGCAGAAAAGAGGCAUUUGAAGAGRCAUCUUGUAAUGCACAGCGGAGAAAAGCGAUUUGAAUGUCCAGACUGUGAGAAGAAAUUCGCACUAAAGKACGCUUUGAAUGUACACCUCAGACUGCAUUCCGGAGAGAAGCCAUUUGAAUGUAAUCACUGUGACAAGACAUUUAUGAUGAAAGGAAAUUUGAAUAAGCACCUUAAAAUCCACACUAACGAGGCAUUGCAAUGUCCACAUUGCGUCAAGAAGUUUACAUCAAAGUCYCAUUGGAAAACUCAUCUUAAAAUCCAUACUGAUGAUAARCCAUUUGAAUGCAAUCUUUGUGACGAGAAGUUUCGAUUGAAGAGCGUUCUGAAAAGACAUCUUAAAAUGCAUGCGGGAAAUAAGCCAUUUGAAUGCCCUCAUUGCCAGAAGAAAUUUUCCCACCAAUACAUUUUGAAUAGACACCUCGUAGUGCACACUGGAGAAAGGGCGUUUGAAUGCCAUCUGUGCGAGAAAAAAUAUGCAUUAAAACGUAGUUUAACUGUACAUCUUAGAGUCCACACUGGAGAAAAGCCGUUUGAGUGYCCAGAAUGYGAGAAAAAAUUCACAACAAACAGGAAUUUGAAAGAGCAUCUCACAGUGCACACCGGAGAGAAGGCAUUUCCAUGUCCGAUCUGCAAUAAGAAGUUUUCCCGACAGUCUGGCUGUAGGCGUCAUCUCAAAACCCACAGUGGAGAAAGGCCCUUCAAAUGCACGCAUUGYGAGAAAAGGUUUYUGUUUAAACAUAACUUAAAUCUUCAUCUGCAAAUUCACGCUGGAGUGAGAUCUUAUGAGUGUCACAUUUGCGAAAAGAAGUUUGUGCAGCAAAGUUCUUUGAGRAGUCAUCUUCGAACSCAUGUAAAAUCUGAGAAGUUAUUUAAUUGUCCUAAUUGCGAUAAAAAGUUUGCACGAAAACAGCUAUUGAGGAAUCAUCUCAAAACACAUGAUAUCGAGAGAGAGGUUUUUGGAUGUUCUAGUUGUGAAAGGACGUUUUUAACSAAAAGAAGUUUAAUAUCACAUCAAAAGCUUCACAGUGAAGGGAAGCCAUUUAAGUGUUCCUAUUGCGACAUGCAAUUUGUAGGAAUAAAAGGUUUGACUCAACAUACGAGAAAACACACAGGAGAGAAGCCUUUUCAGUGCACUAAGUGUGACAAGAACUUCAAAAGACGGGGACAUCUCUUCAACCACAUUACAAAGGUACAUGGCGAAGAAAAGGCAUUCCAGUGCACGUAUUGUCAAAAGCGAUUCCUAUUCAAACAUCACUUAGAUGCUCACCUCAGAAUGCACAAUGGAGAAACGUUCAAAUGUCCACAUUGUAAYCAAGAGUUUACACACGAGUUUGCUAUGAAGAAGCAUGCUCAAACACAUUCAAAGGAAUAAAGGUUURGGAUUUUUGAUGGAAAUAUCAUUGCUGGCAGCUAGCAAACACUUGCCCAAAGCUGCAUAAAAUCAAAUUGCAGGACAAAAAAAUGUUAAAGAAUAAAGAAAAUAGGAAGAAGAACAAAAGAAAAAAUGGUUAAAAUCGAGAAAGCCGUUGAUUUGGCAUUGCCAUCUCUGAAGCCCAAAAGAGGCUGAAAGCUAGCUGAGCUUUAACAGAUUGCAAGAACGUCAUCUGUUUGUUGCUUGGUUCAGUGAUUCUCAGUUCCAUGAUACUUUUCUUUCAUCCCAACGAAAGUCGAACUACUAUGUAUUUARAUAGAAGAACUACUGCAGGAGAUGGCGAUAUGCAGAAACAAAUCAUUCAAAAUACCACUAUAGACUAAAUACCACUCCUCUAGACCAAUCAAUUGCACAAUUUUAUUCAACCACAUUAUAUAAAAAAAUAGCUUUGUAAACGACGGUUGUGAAACCAAGCGACAUUUUCAUUUAUACAGUAACGACGAGGCUCAUUUGCCUAAAUACUGGAMAGCAUGGAAUCGUCCGGCAGAUAAUGCGUACCUCCACACAUUGUUUGGUSUAUGUAGUCGUGGUCAUCAUGUUACCUUCUGAAUCUGACAAUGCUGAUUGAGCUGAUUCCCUAGGAAUGUUUA